AUGACCCUGGAGGAGAAUUCCAGCGUGGCACCCUGUGGCGGCUUGUUCCCCUUAGAGGGGGCUAUGUGGGCCAACGGCAGUACCACGGCAGAAACCCUGAAGCUGCCCACCUUUUCGGCAGGAGCCAAGGCUCGCGUGGCCAUCACUCUGGGGCUCUGCAUGAUUUCAACAGCCUGCAACGUGGCAGUCCUGUGGGUUGGCAUGGGCAAGCCGCAGUCCAAGCGUUCCCAGGCCCGCCUGCUUCUCCUGCACCUGGCGGCUGCUGACCUGCUAGUGGCCCUGGUGGUGAUGCCCAUGGAUGCUGCCUGGAAUGUCACCCUGCAGUGGCGGGCGGGCGACUGGGCGUGCCGCCUCCUCAUGUUCCUCAAACUCCUAGCCAUGUACGCUUCAGCCUUCGUCACCACCAUCAUCAGCCUGGACCGCCAAGAUGCCAUUCUGCACCCCCUGACCAUCGCCAAGGCCCGCUGCAGGAGUCAGGUCCUGCUGUACGCCUCGUGGCUAUUGAGCGCUGGGCUCUCCAUUCCUCAGCUCUUCCUAUUCCGCACGGUCACCAUCAGCUCCCUGCAGAACUUCACCCAGUGCACAACGAGGGGUGCCUUCACCCAGCGCUGGCACGAGACGGCCUACAACAUGCUCAGCUUCCUUUGCCUCUUCCUGCUCCUGCUGCUCAUCAUGGUUGCCUGCUACUCCCGGAUCCUGCUUGAGAUUUCCCGCCGCAUCGGGUCCUCCAGCUGCUUGUCUGCCAAGGAGCUGCUCCUGCGCCGCUCGCGUGACCCCAUCCCGCGGGCCCGGCUGCGCAUGCUGCGCCUCAGCAUAGCCAUUGUGGGCUCCUUUGUGGUCUGCUUGACCCCCUACUACUUGCUGGGCCUCUGGUACUGGUUCUGGCCAGCUGCCAUGGAGGGAGCUGUCUCCCAUUCCGUUGCUCACAUCCUUUUCUGCUUCGGCCUGCUCAACUCCAGCCUGGACCCCAUCCUCUACGGUCUCUUCACCUUGCCUUUGCGCCAGAGGCAGGGGGGCUGCUGCAGGGCGGGGGGCCCAGGGUCUUCCUCACAGCUGCCCUCCUCCAUCAUCACCAGCUCAUUCCGCUGCUCAGCACCCCCCAUCCGCCUCUGGUGGGGGGUGCCCCACCUCAAGCUGGUUGCAGAGGCCCCCCUGCCCCCAAGUGCCUGCACCAAGGGCAUCGCUGAUAACAGCAGCCUUUGA